GGGGGCGGGGCGCACUUCCGGGGUGGGGCGGAAGUGACUCUCGGCCUCAGGCAGGCCAUGGGCCCGGGGCCGGCUGCGCUGUGAGGCGGCCGGGGGGCGGCCAUGGAGGCCGUGCUGAGCGAGCUGGUGGCUGUGGACGACCUGCUGAAGUUUGAGAAGAAGUUUCAGGCAGAGCAGGCAGGAGGCUCCGUGUCCCGGGCGACGCAGUUCGAAUACGCCUGGUGCCUUGUGCGCAGCAAGUACAACGAUGACAUCCGCAAGGGCAUCGGCCUGCUGGAGGAGCUGCUGCCCAAGGGGACCAAAGAGGAGCAGCGAGACUACGUCUUCUACCUGUCUGUGGGAAACUACCGGCUCAAGGAGUACGAGAGCCUGAAGUACGUGAGGGGGCUGCUGCAGACGGAACCCCAGAACAGCCAGGCCCGCGAGCUGGAGAGGCUCAUCGACAAGGCCAUGAAGAAAGGGUACAUCCAGGUGUGCCGGGCACUGAUGGUGACAGCCCUCCUGCUGGGUUUCCUGGCCUUGUUCUCCGGCAUCGUGGGGCUCCGCUGCACCCUCGUCGCCCAGCACAACCCCCGCCUCAAGGCCAACCUGGCAGCGGUCGCUGGGGCCAUGAACGUCCUGGCCGGCCUGUGCGGGAUGGUGGCCGUGAGCUGGUACGCCUUCAACAUCACCAAGGACUUCUUCGACCCGCUCUAUCCGGGCACCAAGUACGAGCUGGGUCCAGCCCUCUACCUGGGCUGGGCCGCGUCCAUCUUCUGCAUCCUGGGAGGCCUCAGCCUCUUCUCCCAGCGCUGUACCUACUCUGACGACGUCCCGCCCGGCAACCCGCUCCCUUACAAGGCCCCCCAAUCCAUCCUGACCCGGGGGCGCAGCGAAUCGGACGACAUCGGCGGCUCGGCCAAGUACGGCAAGAGCGCCUACGUGUAGGACCCUGGCGUCCGGGAGCUCGGCCCCAGGGAGCGGGGGACCGGGAGGAGCCGGGAGGGGUGGGGGUGGGGGGUCCCCCACGCCCGCCCCUCCGGCCCCCGCUGCCGCCUCGCCGGCCUCCGCCCCGCCAGACUGAGACUCCAAGCCCCCCGACUCCCCGCCGCCGACCCCGGCCCCGUCCCGGUGGAGGGGGGCUGCGGACCUUACGCCCCUCACUUCCGAGCCCCACCCCCAGGUCUUCAGGUGCCAGGCCCUUCCUCUUCAGCCCCCCGUCCACCGGUAGGAGACGAGAGAUGGUGGGUAAAUGGAGGCUGAGUCUCUCCAGCCCAGGCCUCACCCUCAUCCUCUUGUCCACCAAGACAUCGAGGGUAAAUGGAGGCUGAGUCUCUCCAGCCCAGGCCUCACCCUCAUCCUCUUGUCCACCAAGACAUCGAGGGUAAAUGGAGGCUGAGUCUCUCCCCCUCAGGCCCCGCCCUCAUCCCCUUGGCCACUAAUAGGCGUCGAGAGAUUUGGGGGUAAGUGGAGGCUGAGUCACCUGGGUUUGGGAUCUGUGUAAAUAAAGUUUUUAUGAUGCUU